CUCACAGGGGGCGAUCCCAGAGCCGGGCUCCUGCUUCCUGCUUCCGAGGACCCGGGCGCUCCUUGAUAAGCAGCCGGCUUUUCCGGUUCCCAGCCGCUCUGGGGAAGGUUCGAGAGCAGGCAUAUGCUAGUUGAGUUUCAGCCAUGGAGAAAUUCCAUGGGCAUGUGUCUGCCCACUCAGACAUCCUCUCCUUGGAGAACCGGUGCCUGGCCAUGCUUCCUGACCUGAAGACCAUGGAGAAACCACAUGGACAUGCGUCUACCCACCCAAAUAUCCUCUCCUUGGAGAACCGGUGCCUGGCCAUGCUUCCUGACCUGAAGACCAUGGGGAAAACCCAUGGGCAUGCCUCUGCCUACCCAGACAUCCUCUCCUUAGAGAAUCGGUGCCUGACUACCCUCUCUAGUCUAAAGAGCACCAUGUCUGCCAGCCCCUUGCUCCAGUGCCUCCAGAUAUCUCACAGGUCGCAAGCUGAUUUGUAUAACCUGAAUACCUCAAAAUCUACCUCUGCUACAGAGACAGUUCAGGGUCGUUGGUCCUAUGCAGAAGAAAAGCAAAAGCCAGAAGACAAGGAAGGGGCAGAGGCCCCAAUGCCUUUUUAUGUUUUGAGCUUGGGAGAGGAGGAGGAGGAUGUGAAGUUGGCCCUGAAGCUCACAUCUGGAGUCUCUGAAUCUUGUCCUGAGCUUGUUGACCACGUCCUUAAGGAAAAGAAGAUGGCUCUAAUGAGCUUGCUGUGCUCUACUCUGGCCACAAAGGUAAACAUGAAAGAUGCAGCUGACCCCACUGGUGCUUCCAUCCUUGAAGUCUGUAGUGAACUUGCCCCCUUGGAGCCUGAGUUUAUCCUCAAGGCCUCUUUGUACGCUAGGCAGCAGCUGAAUGUCCGUGAUGUGGCCAAUAAAGUCUUGGCCAUUGCUGCCUUCUUGCCGGUCUGCCGCCCUCACUUGCGUCGGUACUUCUGUGCCAUUGUCCAGUUGCCUUCUGAUUGGAUCCAGGUAGCUGAGUUCUAUCAGAGCCUGGCUGAAAGAGAUGAGAACAAGCUGGUGCCCCUGCCUGCCUGCCUCCGUGCUGCCAUGACUGACAAAUUUGCCCAGUUUGAUGAGUAUCAGCUGGCUAAGUACAACCCUCGGAAGCACCGGGCCAAGAGACGGCCCUGUCCACCGCCCCGCCCUCCAAAGAUGGGAUAUCCAUUUUCUGAGAGAUGUUUUCCAGGUCACCUUUGGUUUCUUAAAGAAGAACAGAUAAAGUUUGAGAAGUCCUACAAUGCAUUGCCAAAGAAAAAGAAUCAGCCACAGUUCACCCUGAAGAAGUUGGUACAACGAUUGCAUAUCCACAAGCCUGCUGAGAAUGUCCAAGCCCUUUUGGGCUGCAGAUAUCCCUCCAACCUGCAGCUUUUUUCCCGAAGUCGCCUACCUGGGCCAUGGGAUUCCAGUAGAGCUGGGAAGCGGAUGAAACUUCCUAGGCCAGAGACCUGGGAGCGGGAACUGAGCCUACGGGGGAACAAAGCUGCUGUCUGGGAGGAACUCAUUGGUAGAAAGCUGCCUGACUUACAUGUUUACUUCACUCUCCAGAGGCUGCAGCAUGCGAAGUCGGUGAUCCACAGUCGGCAGUUUCCAUUCAGGUUCCUUAAUGCCCAUGAUUCCAUCAAUAACCUUGAGGUUCAACUCAAAAAUAAAGAGUUGCCUUUUCCUUCUAAUACACAACUGAUGUGGCGGAUAGUGACUAGAGUUGUAAAAAAUACGCGUGGCUCGGGGCAUUUUGUUCCAAAGCAUAUUUAUAGCACAAGUCGUCAGGUUCGGUCAGCAAUGAAGAUACCUGUGAUGUAUGAGCAUCUCAUGCGGGAGAAGUUGAAAAUACACAAGGCCAGACAAUGGAAAUAUGACAGUGAGAUACUGAACCGGUAUCGGCAAGCCUUGGAGAUAGCUGUGAACCUCUCUGUGAAGCACAGCCUGCCCCCGCUGCCAGGCCGCACCCUCUUGGUCUAUCUGACAGAUGGCUGUGCAGACAGGCUCUGUCCCAAGAGCAACUCAGAAGGGCCCCCCCUGAACUAUGUGCUGCUGUUGAUUGGAAUGAUGAUUGCAAGGGCAGAGCAUGCAGAUCUCCUGCUCUGCGGAAGAGGCACCUGGAAGAAUAUGGUACUUAAGGCAGAAGAAGGUAUCCUGAAGACCGCCAUCAAGCUCCAGGCUCAAGUUCGGGAGUUGGUUGAAGAGCAUGAAUGGCCCCUGCACACUUUUGGGAAAUACCUGUUGUCUCUGGCUGUCCAAAGAGUUCCUGUGGACAGGGUCAUCCUUUUUGGUGAAACAAUGGAUGAGCAAAUGAUAAAUGUGGCCAAAGAACUUUUCUGGCAGCACGUGAAUUCCAAGUGCCUCUUUGUUGGCGUCCUCUUAAAGAGAGAAAGAUACAUAUCGUCAGAUUCAAAUCCCAAUGAUGUGACGCUAUCAGGCUGUACUGAUGGGAUAUUGAAAUUCAUUGCAGAGCGUGGGGCCUCCCGUCUUCUGGAACAUGUGGGUCAAAUGGACAAAAUAUUCAAGAUUCCACCACCACCAGGAAAGAUAGGGGUCUUGUCUCUCCGGCCAUUGGAAGAGGAUACUCCAAGCCCCUUGGCUUCUGUUUCCCAGCAAGGAUGGCGCAGCGUCCGGCUUUUUAUUUCAUCCACAUUUCGAGAUAUGCACGGGGAGCGGGACCUGCUGCUGAGGUCCGUGCUGCCAGCACUGCAGGCCCGGGCGGCUCCCCACCGCAUCACUGUUCAUGGCAUUGACCUGCGCUGGGGCGUCACUGAGGAGGAGACCCGGAAGAACAGACAGUUGGAAGUAUGCCUCGGGGAGGUGGAGAACUCACAGCUGUUUGUGGGGAUCCUGGGCUCCCGCUAUGGCUACGUUCCCCCCAGCUACAACCUUCCUGACCAUCCACACUUCCACUGGGCUCAGCAGUACCCUUCAGGGCGCUCUGUGACAGAGAUGGAAGUGAUGCAGUUCCUGAGUCGGGACCAAUGCCUGCAGCCCUCUGCCCCAGCUCUGAUCUACUUCCGGGAUUCCAGCUUCCUCAGCUCUGUGCCAGAUGCCUGGAAAUCUGACUUUAUUUCUGAGUCUGAAGAGGCUGCACAUCGGAUCUCAGAACUGAAGAGCUACCUGAGCAGACAGAAAGAGAUUACUUGCCGCAGAUACCCCUGUGAGUGGGGUGGUGUAGCAGCUGGCCGACCCUAUGUUGGGGGGCUGGAGGAGUUCGGGCAGCUGGUUCUUCAGGAUGUGUGGAAUAUGAUCCAGAAGUUUUACCUACAGCCUGGGGCCCAGCUGGAGCAGCCAAUGUCCAUCCCAGAUGAUGACUUGGUCCAGACCACCUUCCAACAGCUACAGAAGCCAGAGACUUCUGCCCGACCACGCCUUCUUCAGGACACAGUACAGCAGCUGGUGUUGCCCCGCGGGGGACUGAGCCUCGUGACUGGGCAAUCAGGACAGGGCAAGACGGCUUUCCUGGCGUCCCUUGUGUCAGCACUGCAGGUUCCUGAUGGGGCCAAGGUGGCCCCCUUAGUCUUCUUCCACUUUUCAGGGGCCCGCCCUGACCAGGGUCUUGCCCUCACACUGCUCAGACGCCUCUGUACCUAUCUGCAUAGCCAGCUGAAAGAACCAAGUGCCCUCCCCAGCACCUACAGAGGCCUAGUGUGGGAGCUGCAACAGCAGUUGCUUCCCAGGUCUGCUCAGUGCCUGCAACCUGCCCAGGCUCUGGUCCUGAUCAUCGAUGGGGCUGACAGGUUGGUGGACCAGAAUGGGCAGCUGAUCUCAGACUGGAUCCCAAAGAACAUUCCCCGGUGGGUACACCUGGUGCUGAGCGUGUCUAGUGACGCAGGCCUGGGAGAGACACUUGAGCAAAGCCAGGGUGCCCAUGUGGUGCCCUUAGGACCUCUGGAGCCAUCUGCCCGGGCCCAGCUGGUGAGAGAGGAGCUGGCUCUGUAUGGAAAGCGGCUGGAGGAGUCGCCUUUUAACAACCAGAUGCGGCUGCUGCUGGUGAAGCGGGGCUCAGGCCUGCCACUCUACCUGCGCCUGGUCACUGAUCACCUGAGGCUCUUCACUCUGUAUGAACAGGUGUCUGAAAGACUCCGGACCCUGCCUGCCACUGUGCCCCUGCUGCUGCAGCACAUCCUGAGCACCCUGGAGCAAGAGCAUGGGCCCGACAUCCUUCCCCAGUCUUUGGCCACCCUUGAGGCCACACAUAGUGGUCUGACUGUGGACCAGCUGCAUGCAGUGCUGAGUGCAUGGCGGUUACUACCCAAGGGGACCAAGGUCUGGGAAGAAGCAGUGGCUGCUGGUAACAGUGGAGAGCCCUACCCCAUGGGCCCGUUUGCUUACCUCGUUCAGAGUCUGCGCAGUUUGCUAGGGGAAGGCCCUCUGGAGCGACCUGGUGCCCGACUCUGUCUCCCUGAUGGGCCCCUGAGAACAGCAGCUAAAUGUCGUUAUGGGAAGAGGCCAGGGCUGGAGGACACAGCACACAUUCUCAUUGCAGCUCAGCUCUGGAAGACAUGUGACCCUGAUGCCUCAGGCACCUUCCGAAAUUGUCCUCGUGAGGCUCUGGGAGACCUGCCUUACCACCUGCUUCAGAGUGGGAACUUUGGCCUUCUUUCGAAGUUCCUUACCAAUCUCCACGUGUUGACGGCACACCUGGAGUUGGGUCUGGUCUCUCAGCUCUUGGAGGCUCAUGCCCUUUAUGCUUCUUCAGUCCCCAAAGAGGAACAAGAGGCAGAUGUUGCUGUAUUUUGUGCCUUUCUGAGGCAGCAGGCUUCAAUCCUCAACCAGUACCCCCUACUCCUGCUUCAGCAGGCAGCCAACCAGCCUCCUGACUCACCACUUUGCCGCCAGGCCCCCCUGCUCUCCCAGCGCUGGCACAUCCAGCACAUGCUACGAUGGCUUAAUAAACCCCAGGCUAUAGGGGAUCAGCAAAAUUCCAGCCUGUCUCUAACGGUUUCCUCAUUCCCCACCGCUGUGGCCUUUGCUCCCAAUGGGCAAAGAGCAGCUGUGGGCACUGCCAAUGGGACAGUUUACCUGUUGGAUCUAAGAACUUGGCAGGAGGAGAAGUCUGUGGUGAGUGGCUGUGAUGGAAUCUCCACUUGUUCCUUCCUCUCAGACAACGCACUCUUUCUUACUGCCUUUGAUGGGCUCCUAGAGCUCUGGUACCUGCAGCAUGGUUGCCGGGUACUCCAGACCAAGGCUCACCAGUACCAAAUCACUGGCUGCUGCCUGAGCCCAGACUGCCGGCUGCUGGCUACUGUGUGCCUGGGAGGAUGCCUAAAGCUGUGGGACACAGUCCGUGGGCAACUGGCCUUCCAGUACACCAGUCCCAAGUCCCUGAACUGUGUUGCCUUCCAUCCAGAAGGACAGGUAGUAGCUACAGGCAGCUGGGCUGGCAGCUUCAGCUUUUUCCAAGUGGAUGGGCUCAAAAUCACCAAGGAGCUUGGGGCCACAGGACCCUCUGUCCGAACCUUGGCCUUCAGUGUGGCUGGGCGGGUUGUGGCCGUAGGCCGGCUGGACGGGACGGUGGAGCUGUGGGCCUGGGAAGAGGGGGCACGACUGGCAGCCUUCCCUGCCCACCAGGGCUUUGUUGCUGCUGCACUUUUCCUGAGUAAGGGGCGCCAGUUACUGACAGCUGGAGAGGAUGGCAAGGUUCAGGUAUGGUCAGGGUCUCUGGGUCGGCCCCGUGGAUACCUGGGCUCCCUUUCUCUCUCUCCUGCCCUCUCCGUGGCUCUCAGCCCAGAUGGUGAUCAGGUGGCUGUUGGGUACCGAGCAGAUGGCAUUAGGAUCUACAAAAUUUCUUCAGGUUCCCAGGAGGCUCAGUGCCAAGCACUGAAUGUGGCAGUGUCCGCACUAGCCUGGCUAAGCCCCAGGGUGUUGGUGAGUGGCGCAGAAGAUGGGUCCUUGCAGGGCUGGACACUCAAGGAACGCUCCCUUCAGUCCCUCUGGCUCCUGUCCAGAUACCAGAAGUCCGUGCUGGGACUGGCCACCUCCCAGGAGCUCUUGGCUUCUGCCUCAGAGGACUUCACGGUGCGGCUGUGGCCGAGGCAGUUGCUGAUGCAGUCGCACAAGGCAGAAGACUUUCCCUAUGGAACUGAACUCCGGGGACAUGACGGCCCUGUGAGCUGCUGUAGCUUCAGCCCUGAUGGAAGCAGACUGGCCACUGGGGGCAGGGAUCAGAAUCUCCUCUGCUGGGAUGUGAGGACACCCAAAACCCCUGUUAUGAUUUGUUCCUUCCCUUCCUGUCACCGUGACUGGGUCACUGGCUGUGCGUGGACCAAAGACAACCUACUGAUCUCUUGCUCCAGUGAUGGCUCUGUGGGGCUCUGGGACCCACAGUCGGGACAGCGGCUUGGUCAAUUCCUGGGUCAUCAGAGUGCUGUGAGCGCCGUGGUGGCUGUGGAGGAGCACGUGGUGUCUGUGGGCCGGGAUGGGACCUUAAAAGUGUGGGACCAUCAGGGCGUGGAGCUGACCAGCAUCCCUGCUCACUCAGGACCCAUCAGCCACUGUGCAGCUUCCCUGGAGCCCCGUGCAGCUGGACAGGCUGGGUCAGAGCUCCUGGUGGUGACUGCUGGACUGGAUGGGACCACACGGCUGUGGCAUCCACUCCUGGUAUACCAAACACAUACCCUAUUGGGACACAGUGGCCCAGUCAGUGCAGCUGCUGUAUCAGAAGCUUCAGGCCUCCUGCUGACCACCUCAGAGGAUGGUUCUGUACGGCUCUGGCAGGUUCCUAAGGAAGCAGAUGACACACAUAUACCAAGGAGUUCUGCAGCCAUCACUGCUCUGGCCUGGGCACCAGAUGGUUCCAUGGCAGUAUCUGGAAAUCAAACUGGGGAACUAACCUUGUGGCAAGAAGCUAAGGCUGUGGCCACAGCACAGGCUCCAGGCCGCAUCAGUACUCUCAUCUGGUACUCGGCACGCACCUUCUUUGUUCUCAGUGCUGAUGAAAAAAUCAGCGAGUGGCAAGUGGAACUGCAGAAGGGUCCAGCACCCAGAAAUUUCAGUCUUCACCUGAAUCGAAUUCUGCAGGAGGACUUAGGGAUACUUACUGGUCUGGGCCUGGCCCCUGAUGGUCACUCCCUCAUCUUGGCCAAAGCGGAUUUGGAAUUAUUGCACAUGAAGCCAGGGGAUGCUCCAUCCGUAAUCUGGAGGAGCUAUAGAGAACAUCUUAUGAUGCUUUCUACGCACAAAGAGUACGGUGUAUUUGUCAUGCAGCAGCUCAUAGCCCCUGAAGUUCUUUCUUUCUUGAGGCAAAAGGAAUCAGGAGAGUUUGAAGAGAGCCUGAGACUUGACUUUAAUUCUAUCCUCAUAAUGGCAGAGUCCUCAUUUCUGUGUGCCAGCUCUGAUGGAAUGCUUUGGAAACUGGCCAAAUGCAGCCCGGAGGGAGAAUGGAUUCCAGGUAACAUCUGGCAGAAGGAAGUAAAAAUUCCUGAAACCCAGUCUUCAGAGUCACACUCAUCAGAAUGCUUGGAAGAAGAUACCAGCACGCAUAGCUUGCCAACAACCCCUGAUCUAAAGACGCAGCAGCGUAGAAAGAUUCACUCGGGCUCUGUCACAGCCCUCCAUGUGCUGCCUGAGUUACUGGUGACAGCUUCAAAGGACAGAGAUGUUAAACUGUGGGACAGAUCCAGUAUGCAGCUGCUGGGUCUGUUCCGAUGUGAAGGGGCAGUGAGCUGCCUGGAACCUUGGCAGGGUCCUAACUCUGCCCUGCAGCUGGCAGUUGGAGACGUACAUGGCAAUGUAUACUUUCUGUCCUGGGAAUGAAAAUAUACUACUCAGGGGAAAAGAUGCUGCUGCUUGUUCUACAGAUGCAAAACCCGAAGACACUAGUAAUGACAUUCUCAAUAAUUAUAAAAAUAAAGUGUCAGAAAUCUCAAA